GUAUUAAAAAAGUAUUAUCAUUGCAGAUCAUGGACCCAAAUCGCCCCACGUGAAGGCACCUUUGCCGUGUGAAUUUAUCUCUGUGAAGUCAUCCCUCUAUUCAUUUUUCUGAAAAAAAAUAGUAACAGCAGCAAUGGCGAUCGCCUCCAAAUCCGAUUCGCACUUCAUUUUCACAUACGGAACCCUAAAGCGCGGAUUCCCCAACCACCCUCUGAUGGAAAAUCUAAUCAGCGGCGGCGACGUCGUCUUCGUCGGCGAGUACACGACGGUAGAGACCUUCCCACUCUGUUGCGGGCCCUACGGGAUCCCGUACUUGAUCAACAUCAACGGAUCUGGUCAUCGGGUUCGGGGCGAGCUAUACAAGGUGAACAACAGUGGGUUAGGCCCGCUGGAUGAUUUGGAAGGGAUCGAGAUAGGUCACUACGAGAGGCUGCCGGUGACCGUCGUUGGUGACGGCGGUGAGACGGUGGCGGCGGAGGCGUAUUUUGCGCAUCGGAGCUUUGGGGAAGGGAUGUGGAAGAGGUGUGGAGAAGUAGGGAUUGAGGAGUUCAGUAUGGAAUUAGGGAAGAAAUAUGAAAGGAAAGAAGAAAGGCCUUCCAAUCAUGAUUUUCUUCAACAUAUUAGAAAUUUCAUCUCCAAUGCUGAAUGAGAUUUUGAUUUUUUUGCAAUAUUAUAUUAUUGUGACUGUUGCUAUGAUUUCUAUUGCAAUUGUUCUAAAUAAUUUUUAUUGUCUUAUUAUUCGAUUUUAGUAUUAUCUAAUUUUAUUUGCUUCAA